CGGGUGCCUGACUACUGGACCACUGUGUUGAACAUAACUUCCAUCGUCCCUCACCACUAAGCUGGCCUGCCCAUCGGGAUGGCAACGAUGACUGCUACCACUACUGCCACGGCCACUUCCACUGUUCCAGACGUGAAGCCGCUUCAGUCCAAGAAAAAAUCGACCUCUUCGCGACCGUUUACCGCGGCUGCGCCACCUCCAGUCGAUCUUGAAGGGAAGACCGUGCCGUUCAGCCAACGCUGGGGCUUUUCCUCGCAUGUCUUUACAAACGAUCUGAUUCGCUCGUCUGUCUUUGACGCCGUCGUCAUUGGCUCCUUCGUUGCCUUCAAUGCUUCUCCAUACGCCAUCAAGACAUACGCCUACCUCGAAGAGAACUUUACGCCGUUCCAAAUCAACGCCUAUGGCACCUUUGCCAUUACAACGCUGCUCUACUGGGCUUUUGCCGGCCUCUUUGCGUUUGUGGACCUGACGGGGCGGCCGAGAUUCCUGUUCAAAUACAAGGUCCAGCCGUUUGCACGAGUGGACGCCAGGGACUAUGCCAAGAUCGCUCAGGUGGUCAUCAAGAACCAGCUCGUGGUUGUCUUGCCCCUCAUCCUGGCCAAGGGCAAGAUCUUCCCGUCCGCCAUCAGCCCAAGCAAGCUGCAGGGGCCUUGGGAGACCUUGGGGCAUAUCUUUUUCAAUGUCCUCUGCACUGAAGUUGGUUUCUACUUCAUCCACAAGACCUUCCAUUCGCCUGCGCUGUACGCAACCUACCACAAGCAGCACCACACGCUCACGGCGCCCGUCGGCCUGGGCGCGACAUACUGCGGCGUCGCCGAACAUCUCUUCAGCAACCUCUUGCCCAACGCCAUUGGCACGACGAUCCUGCAGCCCCACUGGUCCGUUGCCCUCUUUACCUUUUGCUACCUCGAGAUCGGCACCAUCUGCGCGCACAGCGGCUACAACUUCCCAUACAUGCACACGAGUCUGCGGCAUGACUGGCACCAUUUCAGCUUCAACGAGAACUUUGGACCGACCGGCCUGCUGGACAUCUUGUUUGGGACUGGGAAGAGGUACGACCAGGCUCUGGCCGACGGGAUGAAGCGCAACGGAGGAGACUUGGACAAGGCAAGGGAGGACCUCCUUGCUCGUCUGGCGGUGUGGGAGGCGAGCACGGAAAAGAACGAUGUGGUUGAGGAAAGUUUGGAUGAGGAGGAUGUAAAGAAGGCUCUCCUGGAGUAGAUUCAGCUCAGCAAGUAAACUGGCAUGGACAAGCAAGUCACUGCAAUAGGAGCGAAAUCCAAUGAUGUCAGCUA